GUUUCAAACCAAUCAGAGAGCAGUACAGGGGACAACCACACUGAACUGGAGUUGGUGGACAAACCCAAGGCCUCAAAAAAUAACAGAAAGAUGGGGUGGGACAGACAGUCAAAUCAAGCUGGGACAGUCAUUACUCAAAAGCAAUCAAAAAGCCAAGGCAAAGUUAGCAGCCUUAAAAGCCAGGGAAAACUGGUGCGGCAAACUCAGAGCCAUGUUGGAGCCCACAGUUGCAGAGUGACCAUUCCCCAACCAUUCCAGAUGACAGUGAGGGAGGAGGAGAAGAAACAGCGAAGGGUGCGUACACGCUCAGAGGUGGAGCUGGAGAACUCGCUGUUGCGCCGGGAGCUGGACGAGCUCAGGGAGUGCGGGAGAAAGUUCAGAGCGACGCCUGCUCCGGCGCACACCCAACGGCCCCUUUACGAGGUGGUCAGUCCCAGUCCACAACAGCAACUUGGGCACCAUACCAUUAACAGCUGGAAUCGAGGCAGAGGGAACCGUGGUGGCACUCAUGCAAAUAGGGUUGCUAGUGGCAUUCGUCCUACCUGCUCCACACCUCGUCCUUUCAGCUUCCUGGAAAGAGAGAGGAAGAAGAGGGAGCAGAAGAUUCUAGCUGAGUUAGGGAACCUGGAGCCCAAAGAGGAGAGGAGAGUCUUCAAAGCCAGGCCUAUGCCAAAAUUUGUGUCCAGCUCCACCCAGAGGCCAGGGGGAAAAAAGCAGUUGAACAAGACCACAAAACCAGGCCCCAGGUCAUUUAUCUUCAGCACACUGUUGGAUGAGGAGCCAAGAGAGGAAAGAGAGGACACAUCACUGGACCCGGAACUGAGGUUCCACCACUCUCAUCAGGAAGUGCAACCACAGUAUAACAGCUACUGGAGGCAUCCCUCAAUCAAGAUGGCAGCAUUGGCCCUGAACCAACGAGAGCUCCUAUUGGAGAUGGAGCUGGAGAGGAAGCGGAUAAAGGAGAGGGAGUGGUCCUACAUUGACCCACUCCAGACAGCUGGCUUCAGUGUCAGUCAUUGCACAAAUAAAGAAAGCUCAUCAGCCAACAAGAGUGACUAUAUAAGUGUGUGAGGAAAUGCAUGAAUUGUGUUUAAUAGAGUAAGAGUGUAAGAGAAUGAGUGAAAGUGUGUGCUUAUUUUGGUCUGUGUACAUGUGAUUGUGAGAGAUACACAAACACAGACCUUCCUGUUAAGUCUAAUGGUAAAUAAUUUUACUGAUGGAGAAAUGUAUGCCUCUUAUGUUUUGGUCUGCUACUGUAAAUUUAAUUAGA